CUUCCAUCGAUCUAUCAUUAAUUUAUCGAAUGAUUCGAAACCCAGCCUCGACCAACUGAUUGUUUUCUCCAGCACACCAUGUCAUCUGCUGCAGGAGCAUCCACGUCGCACCAUGGCUCGAACUCCAUGGAGGUGCCGGCUCCACUUCUCCCCUUGUUGUCCAUCCUCUCUUCUCUCUUCCUCAACUUGUCUUCCGUCUUCCACAGGAUACCAGGUUCACCCAUCAUCCUCCGAUACAUCAAGUCAUCCUAUCAGGAUGAUCCAUAUCGAUCCCUGCUCGAGGUGCUCCUCGUCGCUUUUGCCAUCCGUACCAUUUUCAAAGGUCGAACUGGAGGUGAAGGACAAGGAAAGAGUUUUAUAAAAUUCAGUGAAAAGGAGAUUGACGAAUUGGUCGACGAAUGGAGACCAGCACCAUUGGUGGAAGAACUGGAAGAGUCGGAUAUCCAGACGCUGUCGAGCGUCCCGACUAUCCAUGGACCAGGUGGGACGCAUGUCAAAUUAUCAGCCGGUGGAAAGUCUGUGCUCAACCUCGCAUCUAUUGAUUGGCUGGGAUUGGUAGAAGCCGAUCAGAUGAAGCAAACGGCCAUCGACACGUUGAAGGAGUACGGAGUGGGGACGUGCGGACCUGCAGGAUUCUAUGGACUCUUGGACGUCCACCUUCGUUUCCAAUCCGAAGUGGCCGAAUUCUUAGGCACAGAGGAUGCCAUUGUCUACUCACAAGCAUACGCCACGACAGCCUCUGUCAUUCCCGCUUUUGCCAAGCGAGGAGACAUCAUCGUCGCGGACAGAGGUGUCAAUUUUGCCAUCCAAAGGGGCUUACAGAUAUCUCGAUCUCAAAUCAGAUGGUACGCUCAUGGCGAUAUGGAGGACAUGGAACGGGUCAUGCAACAAGUCGAAAAGGAGCGAAAGCGAAAAGGAGGCAAGUUGACCAAAAAGUUUAUCGUCACCGAGGGAAUCUUUGAAAACGACGGCAUGAUGGUGGAUCUUCCCAAAGUGAUCGAGCUCAAGCACAAAUACAAAUACCGUUUAAUGCUUGACGAGAGCCACUCAUUUGGCAUGAUCGGAGCUCACGGCAAGGGCGUCACGGAGCAUUAUAACAUUCCAGCUAGCGAGGUCGACAUGCUGAUAGCGUCCAUGGCCAACGGCUGUGCGGCAGGAGGAGGUUUCUGCGCUGGUUCUUCCGUCGUCUGUUCUCACCAGCGUAUCAAUUCCUCAGCAUCAGUCUUCUCCGCAUCAUUGCCUGCCAUGUUAGCCACGACCGCCUCCACCGCUUUGACAGUCUUCAACAAUCAGCCGGAGCUAUUCAAUGCGCUUCAAGCCAAUUCCCUCCUUUUCCGUCAGAUUCUGAACAAGCUGGAACCUACACCAUUCUCCGUCCCGCCGUGCGAUCCUGCGUACAUAACCCCCUCUGAGAGCAUGCCACCGCCAGCCGUGACGAACAACGAAGCCUUGAUCCAUAUCCCUUCUCAUCCACAAUCUGCUCUGAUCCACAUUUUCCUCUUAAAUCCUCCGUCAACGCUGCAAGAGGAAGAAGCCAUGCUCCAGGAUAUAGUGGAUGAGACGCUGAACACCAGUCAAGUAUUGGUCACCCGGGCGAGGCGACUUCGAGGACAGGAAGGUCUGGAACCGGAACCGAGUCUGAAAAUCUGUAUGAGUAGCAACUUCACGAAAAAGGAGGUCGAAAAGGCUGCUCAGGCGCUCAAACAGGCCAUCACCAAGGUCUGCUCAAAACGACGCUAGUCUCCUGAUGUGGAUCCGGCAGGAUAUAGAGUAUAACAUUAAUUAUUAAUUACACCCUUUCUUCACAUUGACUACCGGUGCAUACCCUCUAGA